UUACAACUCAUAUCACUUCACUGAAACAUGUUCGGUUCUUCGCGCUCCCACCACCCCACCGGCACUCAACGUCGUCGUGGCUUUUUCAGCCCUAACCGAAACCGCACAGAAAGAAGCGGCACUCGGCGCAGGUUCUUCCAUCGCAGGGAUCCUGAUCGCGUUGCCGGCGGAUACAAAGCCGCCCUCCAUAAUCCCAACACUACGCAUGAUGGCCGUAGAAAUGCCAAACACGAACUUCGCACGAUGGGCCGCGGCAAUGAAGCUCAUGGACAUCCAAGCUUGAAGUCUCGUCUCAGGCACCUUUUCGGGAUCCGCUCGAAGAAUUCUCGUUCUCGCCUCGGUCAAUCGAGGCGUUACUGAGCUCAGUCUCCGCGAUGAUAUUUAGCUCGCCACAUACUCUCAAGCGUUUAUACUAUCACUAUACCAGUAGCUUAUAUUACCAUUUUACAUGAACGAUGACAGACGAAAACAUCCUGUAACCUUGUAUUUGUUUGAUAUCAAGGCAAUGUAUCAAUACC